AUGCUAGCUAUUCCAUCACGGAAAUGACGCUUGACGCAGGUGUCCACGUGGUUUGCCAACGCCCGCCGACGUCUUAAGAAGGAGAAUAAGAUGACGUGGUCGCCUCGAUAUCAGUCCGGCGGGGAUGAGAAAAAUGACAGCGACAACGAGAACGACGAGGGAGACAGCAACAACAACACGAGUAACAACGACGACAGAACGGCCAACGACAGCCUAGGUUCGGAGAGCGACACGGGCCGUGACGACAAAGAUGGCACCAUGAAGCCGUGCAACAAGAACGACCGUGGCGCCCCCACGCGCGGCGCGCCACCACGCGUCAACGCACUCGGCCUCAGUCUGAGUCACGCGUCGUCGGCUCCCGGCUCCGUCAGCUCGGCGUCCAGCGACGACAACUCGAUGACGUCACCGACGGGUGCCGUGCCGCUUACCUCAGUAACUCACGGCGCGAUGGCGCUGGCGUCGGGCGGCGCCAACGACGGCGGUACGGCGAAGCCGAAGAUCUGGUCGCUGGCGCACACGGCGACGUCGGAGAGCCCGCCGACGAUGCGACGCAGCCCGCCGAUCGGCAUGCCCUCGCAGCUACAGGGUAUGGCUUCACUCAACUCGCCCGUCAACAACCUGCAGCAGUGGAUGAACGGCAUGUUCCACAACUCGCACCACCCGGCCGCCGCCGCGAUGAGUCGCUACCAGAUACUGCCCGGCAUCAACGUCAGCUCGGUAGGCGGCGGCGCCACGGGUCGGCUGGGCGCGCCGAACGCGGGGCUGUACGGCGGUGCGGCGGCGGCGGCGAUCGGCGGCAUCCAGAGACUCGGCUCCUUCUCCGGGACCGGAGCGCUGCAGGCCAACAACCAGGGAUUGCCGAGCGCCGCCGGUCUAGGCAGCAGCGCUCUCAACUACGCCGGAAACGGGCUGACGGCAACGACGACGCUGCCAGGGGGCGCGCUGGCGAGCGGCAGCGUCGGCGUCGGC